UGUUAUCUGAAUUUGAAGCUGAUUGAUGCUUCUUUAAAGCUACAAGAAAAAAACUAACCCUGGUUUCUUUAUCUCUUGUUUAUAGUAAGCAAUGGCGAUUCCAAAGCUUGAUAAGAAGAUCGUCAAGAAAAGGGUCAAGAAGUUCAAGAGGCCACACAGUGAUUGGAAAAUCUAUGUCAAGGAAAAAUGGAGUAGACCAAAGGGUAUUGAUUCACGUGUGAGGAGAAAGUUCAAAGGUGUUACUCUUAUGCCCAACAUUGGAUACGGAUCAGACAAGAAAACCCGUCAUUACUUGCCAAAUGGUUUCAAGAAAUUUGUUGUUCACAACGCCAAGGAGCUUGAAGUUCUUAUGAUGCACAACAAGUAAACAUAAUUUGUACAAUUCUUCACUUUUAAGUUUACAUUAUAUAACCUAGAAUGGAAUAUUGAAUUCUAAUUUUGUCAGAAUAGAAUCUUGAAUUCCUUGUCAACUUAAGCAGUGAAUUACCGUAACCAAUUCUGUCAGAAUAGAAUUGGUUUCCAUUCUUGUUAUUGGUCUCGAUUCUUAUAGAAUAACAUCCUAAAUAAUGAAACAUUACAUUCUUUCAGAAUAAUAUACAUUGCAAGUUUAGGGAUGAUUGUUAAUGUUGGUUUGUAGAAAUUAUAGUUAUAUUCUAUUGGAAUGUAUAUCACAUUCUAUCAGAAUUUAUUGUUUUAUUCUAUUUAA